CGAGCGGUGAGAAUUAAGUAAUAGUGUCAAAAACGACAAUUUAAAUAAAUAUACAAAAGAAAAGCUUAAAAAGGAAAUUUAUUUUUUUUUUUCUUUUUUUAAAAAAAAGGUUAAUAAGGACCGUUGGUGCAACAUCCAGAGUCCACACACACGAACCAUCCCGGGGAAAAGGGUUCACCACAUCCACAACCGACUCGGGAAGGCACUGGGUGGGUCCCACCGUGGCUCGCUUUUUUCUACUAUUCAAUUCUCACCCACUCACUCCUUUCUUUCCAGAGCUUUCGCGCCCUUCUUCUUCUUCUUCUUCCUUUCUCUCACUUCAUUUCUUAGUUCUGCAACUCAACUCAACUGUAUGAUAACAGAACCACACGUCUUUCUGAUUUCCAAACCCUAAAUUAUGAGCUUAGCCUCCUCAUCAAAUCUCGGCUCCUUAAUCAAUUUCAAUCCUCGUGAUCAGUACUGCUUUCGCUCCUUUUUCUCCCCAAACCCUCUCCAAUUUCGUGAAUUUCGAGUAUACCGUCGCCGGAGACUCAAACGAUGCCGGAAAUUUCCUAUGCGAAGUCAAUUGGGGCCUGUCGACGAUUUUUUACUGACGUUGACGGCGCAGCUUCCGUCGGCGAAAUCGGUGGAGUUUUUUGCUCCGGUGAUCGGGUUAGCGUCUGGUUUUGCUCUUUACGCUUCGCGUUUUGGUUACGGGAGGGUUCCGGAAGGUACUGAUAUUGGGGAGUGGAUUAUGUUCACCAGUCCGACGCCGUUUAACCGGUUUGUGUUGCUGCGGUGUCCAUCGAUAUCGUUUGUAGGGAGUGAGUUGUUGGAGGAUGUGAAUGAGAAGCUUGUUAAGGAAGAUAGGCACUAUGUGAGGCUCGAUAGUGGGCGGGUUUUGGUGCAUGGCGGUGACCGUGGUUUGGAGGAGAAAUUGGAGUAUCAGAGAGUGUGUUUGAGUACGGAUGAUGGGGGAGUGAUUUCGUUGGAUUGGCCUGCGAAUUUGGAUCUUAGAGAGGAGCAUGGAUUGGAUACUACUCUGUUGCUGGUUCCGGGUUCGACUCAAGGUAGCAUGGACAUCAAUAUACGGUCCUUCGUUUGUGACGCUUUGAAGAGUGGUUGUUUUCCAAUAGUCAUGAAUCCCAGGGGUUGUGCUGGUUCACCUCUCACAACUGCAAGGUUAUUUACAGCUGCUGACAGCGAUGAUAUCUCCACAGCUGUACAUUACAUCAAUAAAGCAAGGCCGUGGAGUACGUUGAUGGGGGUUGGCUGUGGUUAUGGCGCAAACAUGUUGACGAAGUACCUGGCUGAAGUUGGAGAGGGGACACCGCUCACUGCUGCAGCAUGCAUAGAUAAUCCAUUUGAUUUAGAGGAAGCCACAAGAUCCUCUCGUCACAUGGCUAUUGAUAACAAUCUCACUAGUGGACUGAUAGAUAUUCUGAGAUCUAAUAAGGCAAUAUUUCAAGGAAGAGCUAAAGGGUUUAAUGUUGAAAAGGCUCUAUCGGCAAAAUCUGUUCGUGAUUUUGAAAAGGAAAUUUCUAUGGUUUCUUAUGGUUUUGAAGCCAUUGAAGAUUUUUAUUCGGAAUCUAGUACAAGAAAUUUGAUUGGAGAUGUGAAGAUUCCUGUUCUUUUCAUACAGAAUGACAAUGGUUCUUCACCACUCUUCUCAAUCCCACGCAGUUCGAUAGCUGAAAACCCAUUCACCAGCUUGCUCUUGUGCUCGUGUUUGCCUUCUAGUGGCAUCUAUGGUGGUAGGUCUGCUAUAGCUUGGUGCCAGCAACUUACGAUUGAGUGGCUCACAGCUGUGGAGCUUGGACUUCUGAAAGGUCGUCAUCCUCUACUUGAAGAUGUGGACAUUACCAUUAACCUGUCAAAAGGGUUAACCUUAAAGGAAGGAAAAGCAACCAAAAAUACUAAGAAAGAUACCAAGAUUUUGGAUCUUAGUCCUUCAAAUUCUUUAAAUAGAUAUAACACAGAUCCUAUUCAUGAAAUAGUUGAAGAAGGGGACACUGCUGCCAGCAUGAUCGUAAGACCCAAAAAGGAAUUGCAGAAAAGACAGGGAGUUGAAGAUAAGGGAUUGCAGAAAGUGGAAAAUGGUGCAUUGGAGCAGACUAACACAGUCGAUGCAGAUAUGGUUGAAGAUGAGGAAGUCAGUUCAGAGGUUGAAAAUGGUGAAGUGCUACAAACAGCACAAGUCAUUAUGAAUAUGCUUGAUGUAACCAUGCCUGGUACUUUAACAGAAGAAAAGAAGAAAAAGGUCAUAACUGCCAUUGGUCGAGGAGAGACAGUGAUGACUGCUUUGCAAGGUGCUGUGCCUGAUGAUGUUCGUGAAAAGCUUACAACUGCUGUGUCUGGGAUUUUGCGUGCCCAAGGCACACAACAAAAACUAACUGAUCUCCUGAAUAUUUCUCGGAAACCCAGCGUGUCAUCAGGAUUGAAGCCGAAAAUGGAUGAAAAAUCAACAUCAAAUGUAGAAGGUUUGUCAGAGGAUCAUCAUCCGUCAGAUCAGAUGAAAAAGGCAGACACACUGUUAGAUAGCUCUGCUAACAAUCAACCAGGCUCACAGAUGCCAUCAGGUGGAACGGAAGCAGAGCUUCCUCAGUCAGAUAGCUCUCAAAAGUCUGUCAUUUCAGACCAAUCUCAUUCAGUGGGUAGUGAUGGAAACAAUACUAACGGUUCUCUCAAGAAAGAAACUAGUGAUUCUGGAAAAAGUAACAUUGGCGAAGAUUCUUCCACAGGACAAGGUGUUGUAAGUUCUGAGAUUGUUGAGAAGGAAACAGAAAAAGGGUCAAUUGCUAAUAACCAUGCUGAAAAGAAAACUGAAGAAGCGAAUCCUGAAGAUCAGAAGGACCAAAAUGUGAAAACAGUUUUGGCAGAAAAAAAAGACGAUAAUAAUGCCAAAACUGAAGAGAAAUCAGAGCCUGAUCAAAAUAAGAUGACGGCAUCUGGAGUGGUAAGUGAAAGCGUUUCACCUUCGGUAUCUUCACCUGAGUCUCAAUCAAUGGAAAAGGAAGAGACUGAUAAUCAGAAGAAGGACAUCAAGCCUGCUCCAGAGCAAUCUAAGCCUGCCCCAGAGUCUACUUCUCCAACUUUUAGUGUUUCUCAGGCCUUCGAUGCCUUUACUGGGAUGGACGAUUCCACUCAAGUGGCAGUUAACAGUAUUUUUGGUGUGAUAGAGGAUGUGAUAUCACAACUAGAUGUAGAGCCGGAACAUGAAGAUAAAGCUAAGGAAGAAGAAAACGAUAACCCAAUGGAGAAUAAUAUGCCACAAAAGUCAGAUGCCACUCCCGUCGACCAAAGUAUACAAGCUGAUAGAAUACAUGAUUCUGAACAUCAAGAUAUGGAAGAGCAAAAUGAUAUUCCAAUCCACAAUACGGAACCACACAAUUCAGAUGCCACUCCUAAUGACCGAAGUGCACAGCCUGAUAAAUUAAGUGAUUCUUCUGUUUCAAAGCACCCUAGGAAUGCCGAGGAAUCCAAUCAACACCCAAUAUCAUCAAAUGGGACUGAUACAAAAGUUUUGAAAGACAGAGAUACAGCUAGUUGUUUGGGUAAGGAUGCAAAUCAACAGAAGGAUCAAUUAGUUGGUAGCAAUCUUCUUCUUAAAAGUUCAGGUAAAAUAAAAAAAGUAGAUAAAAUUCCAUCGCACAUUACUCCAAAUACCUUUGGUAGCUCUUCCUUUAAAGAGAAUUUGCAUAAAUAUCAUGCCUCAGAUAUACCUUUAGAAUCACUAGAUUCAGAUGCAACUACUGCUCUUUUGCUCGAGUAUAUUCCAGAAGAAGGUCAGUGGAAACUACUGGAACAACCAGGAAAUAACGGAACUCCUGUUGAAAAAGAAGCUCAAACCAGCUCACCUACAGAAGGGGAUGGCAAAGUUAUCGAACCAUUGUAUGUAAUAUUAGAUUCGGAAACACACCAAGAACCAGUAGAAGAGUUUGAAACUAGUUACAAAGAAGAAAAUAUUGAAAUUGAUGACAACAUAUUAGUGGAGUUAACGCUGUUUGUAGAGAAGAUAAUAUUGGAUGCCUUGAAGGUUGAAGUUGGUCGCAAGCUAGGUGCAGCUGGUACGGAUGAAUUUGAACCCAAUCUUGCUAGUGAUUUGGAACAAGUGGCAAAUGCUGUCGCACUAUCUGUUCGAUAUGAUGUGAGGCAUGCUUUGGUUUCCAAUGUUGAAUACCUUAGUGUUGAUAGUAUUUUGGAAGAAGUUGAUACACUUAACGGAGAGCACAUUGUUGCGGCUAUAUCUUCUGCUGUUCAGGAGAGCAGUCACCUGAGAAAAGUACUCCCAGUUGGUGUCAUUGUUGGCUCUAUAUUAGCUGCACUGAGAAAAAAAUUCAGUGUUGCUACACUGCAGGAUGAUGACACUCUCAAUAUUGAAGCCGGAAACAUAGGAGAAAAGUAUCUUGAUAAGAUUGAAGUUGCUGAGGCUCAGCAUAUACCUUCUGAAAAAACUAAGAGCAAUGGCCUGUCUGAGGAUUUGGUCCCCGAGCAGGAGGAAAAUGAUGAACCAAAUGAUGGAAAUAAUGCAUCUGUCAUGGUUGGAGCUGUUACUGCUGCUUUAGGGGCAUCUGCCUUACUAGUGAACCAACAGAACGUGCAAGAACUUUUUGAAUCCAAUGGAAAUGAUGUUAAUUCAUCAAAGUCCUCAAACAUGAGUGCUGGCAGUCAAAAGGAUAAGGUGUCUGAAAAACACCAAGGGAACCUUGUAACCAGUCUAGCUGAAAAAGCCAUGUCAGUUGCUAGUCCAGUGGUACCCACAAAGGAAGAUGGUGGAGUGGAUCAAGAAAGGCUGGUCUCAAUGUUGGGAGAUUUAAGUCAGAGAGGUGGCAUUCUGAGGCUUGUAGGAAAGCUUGCUUUGUUAUGGGGUGGUAUACGGGGUGCCAUGAGUUUGACCAAUAAGCUUAUUUCAGUUUUUCACAUAGCUGAGCGUCCCUUGAUCCAAAGGAUUCUUGGGUUUGUGUGUAUGGUGCUUGUUUUAUGGUCACCAGUUGUCAUUCCACUGCUUCCAACUCUUGUUCAGGGCUGGACUUCAAAAAGCCCCUUAAGAAUUGCUGAGCUUGCUUGCGUAAUUGGGCUCUACGUCGCUGUUAUGAUACUUGUUAUGCUAUGGGGUAAGAGAAUACGUGGGUACGAGAAUCCUUUUGAACAGUAUGGCCUGAAUUUUACAUCAUUGGCACAGAUUCUAAACUAUUUAAAAGGCUUAGCUGGAGGAAUUAUGCUUGUAUUAUCAAUACAAGCUGUGAACGUAGUACUUGGCUGUGUGAGUCUCUCUUGGCCUUAUUCUCCAUCUUCCUUUGAUGUGUUGACAUGUCUCAAAGUGUAUGGUCAAAUGCUUAUGAUGGUUGGUAAAGGCAUUGCAACGGCAACUGGUGUUGCCCUAGUAGAAGAAUUGCUAUUCAGGUCAUGGUUACCUGAAGAAAUCGCUGCUGAUCUUGGAUACCAUAGAGCAUACAUAAUAUCAGGGCUUGUGUUUUCCUUAAUACAAAGGUCUCUGUGGGCGGUACCAGGGCUAUGGCUUCUAUCUUUGAGUUUAAGUGGAGUACGCCAAAAAGCACAGGGAUGCCUCUCUGUUCCAAUUGGAAUAAGGGCCGGAAUAUUGGCAUCGAGUUUUGUCUUGCAAACAGGUGGUUUUCUGACUUACAAGCCUAAUUUCUCGCUCUGGCUGACUGGGACUCAACCAUUCCAACCUUUUACUGGAUUAUCCGGUUUCGCAUUUUCCUUACUGAUGGCCCUAAUUUUAUAUCCUAGACAACCUAUGCAAACUAAGAGUUUAAAGAUUCAAACUCAAGGGUAAAACAUCAAAUUUUGAAUAGUAGGGUGUGUAUAAUGUGGCCUCAAUAGUUAAUACCUGUUCUGUUGGUCUUAGUUAUUUUCCACGGUUGAUGUUGAGAAAUAUUUUGCAAAAUGAGAUUAGGAGAUUGACAAAAUACAGCACAGGAACCAUGGUUGUUGGUUUCUGCGAGGGAGUAGUUCCGUUCUAGACUUCUAGUUCUUGCAUCUCAACUGGGAAAUGCUUAGGCACUUUCUAGUUGGCCAAAAUCUCGAAUUUGUUGAGGCAAAAAAUUUUGAAGUGGAAGACGGAAGAGAAAAUUUCAUGAUGUCUUGGUGGAGGGUGCAAAUUGGGUUUGGCUUUGAGUUUUGACCCCUGUACAAGCUCGUCGUCAUAUGAUGAUGUAUAGUGUAUAGUAGUAUAGUGUAUAUUGUACAGUUAGAUUCCGACAGCAAAUCGAAAAGUUUAUUAAUUUUUAAAUUCAUUUAUUGGGUCGUGA